AUGCAAUGUCUCUUUUUCUCUGCUUACAUUGUGACAGGAUACAGGGAUGAUAUUAAGCACAUUCUUCCCUCCUAUAUACUAUGUCUCUUUUUCUCUGCUUACAUUAUGACAGGAUACAGGGAUGCUAUUAAGCACACUCUUCCCUCCUAUAUACUAUGUCUUUUUUUCUCGGCUUACAUUAUGACAGGAUACAGGGAUGAUAUUAACACUCUUCCCUCUUCUAUGCUAUGUCUCUUUUUCUCUGCUUACAUUAUGACAGGAUACAGGGAUGAUAUUAAGCACACUCUUCCCUCUUCUAUGCAAUGUCUCUUUUUCUCUGCUUACAUUAUGACAGGAUACAGGGAUGAUAUUAAGCACACUCUUCCCUCUUCUAUGCAAUGUCUCUUUUUCUCUGCUUACAUUAUGACAGGAUACAGGGAUGAUAUUAAGCACCUCUUCCCUCUUCUAUGCUAUGAUACUAUUAAGCACACUCUUCCUCUUCUUUCUCUGUCUCUUUUCUCUGCUUACAUUAUGACAGGAUACAGGGAUGAUAUUAAGCACCUCUUCCCCUCUUCUAUGACAGGCUAUGAUACAGGGGAUGAUAUUAAGCACACUCUUCCCUCUUCUAUGCUAUGUCUCUUUUUCUCUGCUUACAUUAUGACAGGAUACAGGGAUGAUAUUAAGCACACUCUUCCCUCUUCUAUGCUAUGUCUCUUUUUCUGCUCUGCUUACACCUCUUCCUUCUUUAUGACAGGAUACAGGGAUGAUAUUAGGCACUCUUCCCCCUCUUCUAUGCUAUGUCUCUUUUUCUCUGCUUACAUUAUGACAGGAUACAGGGAUGAUAUUAAGCACACUCUUCCCUCUUCUAUGCUAUGUCUCUUUUCUCUGCUUACAUUAUGA